UGACACUAGCGGUCGCGGCCUGUGGGGUGGAGUCAAGGCUGCGGUGCCUUCGGUCGCGCGCACACGUUGCAUCUCCUAGCUUCCUCCUGAACCCCGUGUUACGUUCGCGGCGGGGAAAACAGCCUGACGAGUAGACUGCAGCUCCUGGGAGAUGGCGGCGCUGUGCCUUACGGUGAACGCCGGAAACCCUCCACUGGAAGCUCUGCUGGCAGUGGAGCAUGUGAAAGGUGAUGUCAGCAUUUCUGUGGAAGAAGGGAAGGAGAAUCUUCUUCGGGUUUCUGAGAGUGUGGUGUUCACUGACACAAAUUCAAUCCUGCGCUACUUGGCUAGAGUUGCAGCUACAUCUGGGCUGUACGGUUCUAACCUGAUGGAGCACACGGAGAUUGAUCAUUGGUUGGAGUUCAGUGCUACAAAGUUGUCUUCGUGUGAUAUGGUGACUUCCGCAAUCAAGGAGCUUAACCAUUGCCUGUCUCUGAGAACGUACCUGGUUGGGAACUCUUUGACUUUAGCAGAUUUAUGUGUUUGGGCCACCCUAAAAGGAAAUGCUGCAUGUCAGGAGCACUUGAGACAGAAUAAAACCCUAGUCCACGUUAACCGCUGGUAUGGCUUUCUUGAAGCCCAGCAGGCCUUCCGUUCAGUUGGUACCAAGUGGGAUGCUUCAGCAAACAAAGCUACAGGGGCACCUGACAGAAAACAAGAUAUUGGGAAAUUCGUCGAGCUUCCGGGUGCAGAGAUGGGAAAGGUGACAGUCAGAUUCCCCCCAGAGGCUAGUGGUUACUUACACAUUGGGCAUGCAAAGGCUGCUCUUCUGAACCAGCACUACCAGGUUAACUUUAAAGGCAAACUGAUCAUGAGAUUUGAUGACACAAACCCAGAAAAGGAAAAGGAAGAUUUUGAGAAGGUCAUCUUGGAAGAUGUUGCAAUGCUGCACAUUAAACCAGAUCAGUUUACUUACACUUCAGAUCAUUUUGAAACUAUAAUGAAGUAUGCAGAGAAAUUAAUUGAAGAAGGGAAGGCUUAUGUGGAUGACACUCCUGCAGAUCAGAUGAAGGUGGAACGUGAGCAGAGGACAGAGUCCAGACACAGGAAGAACUCUGUUGAGAAGAAUCUACAAAUGUGGGAAGAAAUGAAAAGAGGAAGCCAGUUUGGUCAGUCCUGUUGCCUGCGAGCAAAAAUUGACAUGAGUAGUAACAAUGGGUGUAUGAGGGACCCAACCCUUUACCGCUGCAAAAUCCAGCCCCACCCAAGAACUGGGAAUAAAUACAAUGUUUACCCAACGUAUGACUUUGCCUGUCCUAUAGUGGACAGCAUUGAAGGUGUUACUCAUGCCUUGAGGACGACAGAGUACCACGACCGAGAUGAGCAGUUUUACUGGAUUAUUGACGCCUUAGGCAUAAGGAAACCAUAUAUCUGGGAAUACAGUCGCUUAAAUCUCAACAACACAGUGCUGUCCAAGAGAAAGCUUACGUGGUUUGUCAAUGAAGGACUGGUAGAUGGAUGGGAUGACCCUCGGUUUCCUACAGUUCGUGGAGUUCUGAGGAGAGGGAUGACAGUUGAGGGACUGAAGCAGUUCAUUGCUGCUCAGGGCUCCUCAAGGUCUGUUGUAAACAUGGAAUGGGACAAAAUCUGGGCGUUUAACAAAAAGCUGCGAGCUCUCUGUAAGAAGGUUAUUGACCCUGUGGCUCCAAGGUACGUUGCAUUGCUGAAGAAGGAGGUGAUCCCAGUGAACGUCCUGGACGCGCAGGAGGAGAUGAAGGAAGUAGCCAGACAUCCCAAGAAUCCUGAUGUUGGUUUGAAGCCUGUGUGGUAUAGUCCCAAGGUUUUCAUAGAAGGAGCUGAUGCAGAGACUUUCUCAGAGGGUGAGAUGGUCACAUUUAUAAACUGGGGCAAUAUCAACAUUACUAAAAUACACAAAAAUGCAGAUGGAAAAAUUACAUCUCUGGAUGCAAAAUUGAAUUUGGAAAACAAAGACUACAAGAAAACAACUAAGAUCACUUGGCUUGCAGAGAGCACACACGCUCUCCCUGUCCCAGCAGUCUGUGUCACUUAUGAGCACUUGAUUACAAAGCCAGUGCUAGGAAAAGACGAGGACUUCAAGCAGUACGUCAACAAAGACAGUAAGCAUGAAGAACUAAUGCUAGGAGAUCCCUGCCUUAAGGAUUUGAAGAAAGGAGACAUCAUACAAUUGCAGAGGCGUGGAUUCUUCAUAUGCGACCAGCCAUACGAACCUGUCAGCCCAUAUAGUUGCAAAGAAGCCCCCUGCAUCUUGAUAUAUAUACCCGAUGGGCACACCAAGGAGAUGCCAACAUCUGGAUCAAAGGAAAAGACUAAAGUGGAAAUCUCAAAAAAGGAGACCGGCUCUGCUCCUAAGGAGAGACCCGCAGCUGCUGUGAGUGCUCCCUGUGCUGCAGCUGAGGACUCCGCUGUCCUCUACAGCAGAGUGGCGGUUCAGGGCGAUGUGGUUCGCGAACUGAAAGCGAAGAAAGCACCAAAGGAGGAUAUCGACGCAGCUGUGAAACACCUUUUGACUUUGAAAGCUGAGUAUAAAGAGAAAACUGGGCAGGAGUAUAGACCUGGGAUCCCCCCUGCUGCAGCAGUGCACAGUGUUUCUACAAAGUCCCCAUCCAACACCGGGGAAUACACAUCUUUAUACAGUAAAGUUGCUGCCCAAGGGGAGCUGGUCCGGAAGCUGAAAGCUGAAAAGGCUCCUAAGGCUAAAAUAAAUGAAGCUGUAGAAUGCUUACUGUCCCUGAAAGCUGAGUAUAGAAAAACUGGGAAGGAGUAUGUACCUGGCCAACUCCCAGCAUCUCAGAACUCACAUUCAAGUCCUGUCAGCAAUGCCGAGCUUGUUGGAUCAGAGACACCGGAAGCCAAACUGCUGUUUGACAGAGUGGCUUGUCAAGGAGAAGUAGUUCGGAAACUUAAAGCUGAAAAGGCCUCUAAGGAUCAAGUGGAUUCAGCCGUACAAGAACUUCUUCAGCUGAAGGCACAGUACAAGUCACUGACAGGAAUUGAGUAUAAGCCUGUGUCUGCUACUGGGGCAGAAGACAAAGAUAAGAAGAAGAAAGAAAAAGAAAAUAAGUCUGAAAAGCAGAAUAAGCCUCAGAAACAAAAUGAUGGCCAAGGGAAAGACUCUAAUAAAAGCCAAGGCAGCGGGCUGUCGUCAGGUGGAGCAGGAGAAGGGCAAGGGCCCAAGAAACAGACCAGAUUGGGUCUUGAAGCAAAAAAAGAAGAAAAUCUUGCCGAAUGGUAUUCCCAAGUCAUCACGAAGUCAGAGAUGAUCGAAUACUACGAUGUGAGUGGCUGCUAUAUUCUCCGACCCUGGUCGUACUCCAUCUGGGAAUCCAUUAAGGACUUCUUUGACGCGGAGAUCAAGAAGCUCGGCGUUGAGAACUGCUACUUCCCCAUAUUCGUGUCCCAGGCCGCACUAGAGAAGGAGAAGAGCCACAUUGCUGACUUUGCUCCUGAGGUUGCUUGGGUGACAAGAUCUGGGAAAACAGAGCUGGCAGAGCCGAUUGCCAUCCGUCCUACUAGUGAAACAGUAAUGUAUCCUGCAUAUGCAAAAUGGGUGCAGUCCCACAGAGACCUGCCCAUCAGGCUCAACCAGUGGUGCAACGUGGUGCGCUGGGAGUUCAAACACCCACAGCCUUUCCUCCGCACUCGGGAGUUCCUAUGGCAGGAGGGGCACAGCGCCUUUGCCACCUUUGAGGAGGCAGCUGACGAGGUGUUACAGAUCCUCGAGUUAUAUGCUCGAGUGUAUGAGGAGCUCUUGGCAAUCCCUGUCGUGAGAGGAAGGAAGACUGAGAAGGAAAAGUUUGCAGGAGGAGACUAUACAACCACAAUAGAAGCCUUCAUAUCUGCCAGUGGACGAGCUAUCCAGGGAGCAACAUCACACCAUUUAGGCCAGAAUUUCUCCAAAAUGUGUGAAAUAGUUUUUGAAGAUCCCAAGACACCAGGAGAAAAGCAGUUUGCAUACCAGUGCUCCUGGGGCCUGACAACUCGCACUAUUGGUGUGAUGAUCAUGGUCCAUGGGGACAACAUGGGCUUAGUGUUACCACCCCGUGUAGCAUCUGUCCAGGUGGUAGUCAUUCCCUGUGGAAUCACGAAUGCCUUGUCUGAAGAAGACAGAGAGGCCCUGAUGGCAAAAUGCAAUGAGUACAGGAGACGGCUGCUUGGCGCUAACAUCCGAGCUCGAGUCGAUCUACGAGACAACUACUCACCAGGCUGGAAGUUCAACCACUGGGAACUCAAGGGUGUUCCAGUCAGACUUGAGGUGGGGCCACGUGAUAUGAAGAGCUGUCAGUUUGUAGCGGUCAGACGAGACACUGGAGAGAAGCUGACAAUUGCUGAAAAGGAGGCGGAGUCUAAACUGAAAGGGGUUUUGGAAGACAUCCAGCUUAACCUUUUCACAAGGGCUUCUGAAGACCUUAAAUCUCACAUGGUUGUAUCGGAUACACUGGAAGACUUUCAGAAGGUACUAGAUUCUGGGAAGGUUGCACAGAUUCCGUUCUGUGGGGAAAUUGACUGUGAGGACUGGAUCAAAAAGACAACGGCCAGGGAUCAGGAUGUGGAACCUGGUGCUCCAUCCAUGGGAGCCAAAAGCCUUUGCAUUCCUUUCAACCCUCUGUGUGAGCUGCAGCCAGGAGCCAUGUGUGUCUGUGGCAAGAAUCCUGCCAAGUUCUACACCUUGUUUGGUCGGAGUUACUGAUGGAUGAAACAGAAGCCUCUCCCGUCCUUUUUUUAAAACCAAUGAUACAAAGAUCUUCUCAGAUACAGUUUUUCUUUUUCGUUUUUUAAAACUUCUAAAAAGGUCACAAGAUAAACAGCUAUUCUUAUGCCCAAAUUAACAGUGGAAAAUACUUUUCUGUAAACAGCCAGGGUAAUAAAAACCAUGAACUAAUUGUA